AUGCCAUCCAACUCUGGAGGCGCGGCGGUGGGCACGUCCUCACCGCCACCGGAAACGACGCGGGUGGACAAAGGCGACGAUCACCACACCUCCCGGCGCGGCAGCACGGCAUUGUGGGUCUUCCCUCGCUCCUCUGCAGAGGCGCUCAGCGCACAUGACAAGGGUGUAGACGCGCCGCAACAGAACAGCGGGCAGCCGAACGACUACCACAUUCCCACCUCCGACUCGUCGAGCGUUUUUUCAGGCUGCGAGACCGUCGCCCCGCAAACGCGGGGCAUCUCCUACGAGCAGCCAGACCAGAAAGCUUCGCACGGACUGCUGACGGGACUACUGUCCCGCCGCGGCGGAAGAGGGGAAGGUAAGCCGCGCAAGAACGACUCCAACGGGCGCAAGCAGCGCAGUUCCCUUUCCUCGCAGAUGUCGCUGACCAGCGCCGCGAAGCACAGCAGUAGCAGCGCUGCGCGAAAUCCGCUUCUAAAGGGUUUCGACGGCACCGCAAAUAACACUGGUGCCUCUCCUGUUGGGCCGCAUGUCGGUCGGGGCAGCUACGACUGGCCCACCCCGCCAUCCCCCAUCAAGAACUCUGAGAUCCUCCACCCACCCGUCAGCAGCAGCCGCCACGAGCUGUCCACAUCGCCCAUGUUGUCCUUGCAGUCGCACUCCUCGCCAAAUGGGACCCUCGUGCACGGAGAGCGGCGCGACAAGCGCAGCGCCAGCCGUUUUCCCGAGCAAGGCGAGUCGCACUUUGUGCCGCUGGGCUCCACCGAUUUGGCCAACCGCGGCGAUAGCAGCGCGAGCGGGCGGCGACAGGAAACUGACGAAGUCAGCAUGGAUGAGGCACUCAGCAGCUCCUGCGUAAACGGCAGGACGGUCUUCGUAGGACGCCGCAAAACGCACAACCACGGCGGCGUCGUCCCUGGAGCUUCACCUUCCACCUCGACCAGUCAAUAUAACGAGCUCCUCGUCCACACACGCAGCUCACCGGUGCGGCUGUACGGCGGGGACGAGAACGACGCCUCCGUCCCCUCCUCGUUCUUCCACCCAAGAAGCAUGCGAGAUGCCAAGGCGGUGCUGCUGCGCCACGCGCAGGGCGCCAACGCGUCUGUGCGCACCUCCCACGCGCAGAGCCUCUACCGCGCCCCGAGCAACGUGGGCGGCGGCGGCGCUGUGGACAACGCCGGUGGGGCGUCGCACCGCCAUGCAAAGACGCGUGGUGCGAGCCGUGAUCACCGCAGCUUCAACUGCAGCCGCAGCGGCGUAGGGCGAGACGAGGGCGGCUCGCUGUACUCGAUGGGCUUCGACGAUGACGCGGUGCGCACGAGCAUCUCCCCUGGCAACGUGGAGUCACUGACGUUCACACGCGCGGGCGUGCUGUUUCCCGCGACGGCGGCCAACCAGGAGGGCAACAUGACAAGCUCGAGCACCGUCAGCACCUCGCGCCGCCUCAGCCGCACCGACGACGGCAGUGGGGCGAUUGUGGAGGUGAUGGAGACCUCGGCCCUCACCUCACGUGGUAACGUCGCGGGCGGCAGCAACAACAACCGCGGCAGUUCCGCACAAAGCACACGCGGCCGCUCCACCGGGUCCAUCGCCACGCUGAGCAACGGUCGCCACGGCAACAACGCCAGCGAGGAUGAUACCUCCUACCUGCCCUCCACCACCACCUAUGCAGGGUCCUACCACCCGAAGCAGCGCCAGAUGCUCAGCUCUGGCUACUCCCUCAGCCGCACCGGCGGCUCCGACGGUUACGGCGACAGCGAGGACAGCGUCGAGAUGGAGGAGCGCCACCGGCAGAAGGUGGACGAGGUUCUGCGACGGUUGAACCGACCACAGCGGGCCAACGCCGGCCCCAGGCAAUCCGCCACGAGCCGACCCGCUGCUUCAGAUAUGGGCGGCCCCCGCAACGAGGUGAUGUCGGCGCUGAACACGUCAACGGGCCCGUUGACCGGCGACAUUGGCACCUCCGGCACGAGCGGCGACAACAACAACAACUACGACGCCAGCGGUGGGGGCGGCGUGACGUGGCCUUGCAUUGGCGGGCUGGGCUGGGGGAGCCUCACUGGCUUUGGCGCCGCCGCAGCGGAGUCGGCUACCGACGAGAUGGGGACCGCGGGAUGGCCGGGCCUGGGCGGUGAGGGCGGCAGCGAAGAGUGGUACGCCCGGAUGCGCAAGAAGGCCGCGGAAGAGGAGGCGGCGGAGGCUGCCGCUUAUGCGUGUACCGCCUCCUCCGCCAUUGCGGACGCCAACGCAAGGUUCUUGUCCCCCGGCACCAUCUCCAUCACAGCCGGUCCGUCACUGGCGCCCAACAGCAAUCCCACACCCGGUAUUGCUGUCACGUCAUCGUCCGCCACAACGGAGGCGCCAAUGCCGAGUGUCGAUCAUAGCCCCGCCGCGCCGCAUCCGUCGUCGAGGCCCUCCAGGCGGAUUUCCGCCCCUCGCUCCUCCCUCACUCCCCAAGCAAAACCGACCACCUCUGCAAACACGUCGCUACUGCCUGCACGGCCUCCGACGUCGGCGCGCACGCCCGCUAAACCGGCCGCUCCGUUCACAGGGUCUGAGAAGGGCGUCGCCCACGUUUUGUCCUUAACAGAGCACUUCAUGCGACGCCCGCCCGGUGUGGCGAGGCACCCGGAGCAGCCGCAACAGCAACGGAACACGCGCAGCUCGAAGUCUUGUAAGUCCCCGCUAGACCCACCUCAGAUGGACAUCGAAAGCUUCGAGGCCCAUGCGCCGGCUCCGUCAGAGGAGGCGAACGACACGGCAUCCGUGUCGUCGGGCUGCCAGCCAUCGCUGCCGGCCGCCAACGCCACUACCGCACCCCGCACUCGUCGGGUGUCCUGUGAUAGCGCCUACCUCGACGCGGUCGCGACGACAAAUGUGAACGUCGACGUCAGCGGUGGGUGCAGCAAUGACAAGAACAUCGACAACUCGACGGGCAACGGGACAGGUGUGGUGUUGCCUUCGCUUUCCCCGCCACGCACUGAGGCGUCCACCCCACUCUCGUGCACGAACAUCGGUGCGACCACGCCGGGCCAUCGCCGCUUUGACUACCACAGCCGCACCUCGCUGCCACGUGUGCUGCCGAUCUCGUCGGGGAACACGGGUAUCGUGGGUAGUGCGAACUCGACCUACAGUGAGGCCAGCUCUGGUUCACCGAAGCACAACAUCAAGACGGCCGAGCGCAUCUCGAUGCUCUCCUCCACGAACAACGACACCUCUGGGAGAGGUAUCACCAGACCUGCGUCCCCCACCGCUUCGACGUCGCAGCCCGCGCGAGGGACACCGCCGCAGGCGUCCGUCAACGGCACCUUCACCGCCGCAAGCGCCACCAGCUCGGCCGGCAACGAAGUCGUGCCGCGCAAGCGACGGCACAUGCCGAACAAGCGCCCCAUCGCGCCCGCCUCGGCUGCCGUCCGCGCCGGGUCCACAGGGUUAGUCCGUCCAGGCUUGCCGACUGGACCUCCACCGAAGAGGCCGGAGAACUCUGCAUCGCCGACGCGGGUCGUCACGGCGUCCACUCGCCGCCGCAUUACGUAG